AGCAUAUGCAUAUUUUGCCUUUCUUUUCUCAAGAAUUCAUCUGCAUAACUUCACAGAUUACGAGUUAAAUUCAGAUGCACCAUAGUAAAUCUUGAGUUUAAUGGGGCAUGGAAACAGAUUGCCUCGGCCUCCAAAAUCUUCUACCAUGGUUUCUACCUUUGCUUUCAGUCUUUGCUCAUCUGGGUGUUCCUCAUUUUCAUUCAAUGGAUUCGUCCUUUAUCAAUAGUUACAUGUUAUUUUUCUAAACCCGACCUUUAUCAGAAAAUUUUAAUAUAGCAUUCUGGAUGAUUGAUAUGGGUUUAAUAUUUUAAUAAUAAUAUUGGUUUAGUUUUGUGAUAUACGUUCGAGUCAUCAUGUUUUCAUAAUCUGCUGUUUGAUUUCAGAUAGAGCAGUCCCUAAUUUGUAGUUUUUGAUUGUUUUUGUAGGUUGUGUGCAAAAUAGUGGACACAUACUGUUUUGCUGCUGUUUCUGUGUCUGUUACCCUGGAUCCCUUCUAUUUCUUAUUGCGGUUAAGAUUCUGCUUGAAAACAAAGAAUUUGAUUCAGCUUCUGUAGUCUUCUUGAAGUUUUGACAAUCUGAGGUUCACAGGAAUCCAAGAAUGGCGGAAUCAUCGGAGGGAGAAGAGGAAGGGAAGCUGACAGUAGGGAACCAAGUGCUGAUGGUGGAAGACAACCUCCGAGAAACGGGCAAGAACGCCACCUGGAGCGUCAGCUCCUGGAAGUCCGGCAACGGUGUGUCGUAUCUCCGCGAUGACAAUCUCGAUACUUAUUGGCAAUCAGACGGUGCUCAGCCUCAUUUGGUCAACAUUCAGUUCCAGAAGAAAGUGAAGCUUCAACUUGUUGUUCUCUACGUGGAUUUCAAACUUGAUGAGAGCUAUACGCCAUCUAAGAUAUUGAUUCGUGCUGGGGAUGGCUUCCACAACUUGAAGGAUAUAAAAACUGUUGAGCUCUAUAAGCCGAGGGGUUGGAUUUAUAUAUCAUUGUCUGGAAAUGAUGCAAGGGAAACUUUCGUCAACACAUUUAUGCUGCAAAUCUCUGUGUUAUCAAAUCACCUUAACGGGAGGGACACGCAUGUGCGCCAGAUCAAACUAUAUGGCCCUAGACUGAACCCUAUUCCACAUCAGCCAUUUCAGUUUACUUCAAGGGAGUUCAGUACCUAUGCUUCUAUCAGAUGAGAAACGUGGCACGGCAUGGACACAUGGAAAGAUUGGACAUCGAGUUUCAAUCCUAUUCCAAUCUAAACACCGCAUGUUUUACAUAGAACUUCUUUAUGCUUUGAUCAUGCUGCUGCAAAUAGUAGAUAUGGUUACCCAAAUUAUACUACUAUUGUCUCUAAUCCAUUUACUCAAUUCCAAGACAUGGAUUUCGUCUACU